CAACCAUCUGUACCUCCACAACUCCCCUCCUUCAAUUCCGUGUUUCCAUCAUCCAGAGCUCAAUCUUCCCUGCCCCCACAAUGCUGGUUUCACUUACCGUUGGAAAGGUCGAUGCCGGCCUAGCCAUCCUUCUUACCGAGGAGAAACGACUGAUCGAAUUUCCCUCCGUUCUUCUACCUCCCGGAAUCGUGUCCGGCUCGAUAGUCGACAUUCAGAUCUCACAGAACACAGAAGCCGAGGAUGCAGCAAGAAAGGCCUUCAAUGCUCUGCAGGAGGAGAUCUACAACCUCUAUGGAAUCCACUCUCCUUCAAAACCCGUCCUGCGUGUGAGGAAUGCCACGCAGACAUCUGUUGUGCUCGAGUGGGAUCCGGUCCAGCUAGCUACAGCCACUCUCAGAAGUUUGACUCUCUACCGCAAUAAUUCCAAGGCCGGAGCUAUCCCGAACCCAACGACUCACACUUCUACGAAGAUCAGCGGACUGGCGCUGGAUACCGAAUAUUCUUUCCAUCUCAUCUUACGAACUAGCGCAGGUACCUACUCUAGCGAGAAGCUGACUGUAAGAACCCACAAGAUGACUGACCUAUCGGGUAUCACGGUAUGCCCUGGCGUCAUGCCAGGAGAGACCAGGGAGGAACUCGAAGUGGCACUUCAGAGAAUUGGAGCCAAGCCACUUCAGGAUUUUGUUAGAAUCGACACAACACAUUUUGUUUGUACCGAGGGACGCGGCCAGAAUUGGGAAAGGGCACAGGAGAUGAAUAUCCCCGUCGUUAGACCAGAAUGGCUGCAUGCUUGUGAGAAGGAAGGGAGGAUUGUGGGAGUUAGGCAGUUCUAUCUGGGUGCAGAUGUGAGUAGGAUGAGGCAGGGGCUCCAGCAACAGGGAUCCCGUCCUCAGCAGCAUCGGCCCACGCAGAGCAUGACGGAAAGCCCGGCUACAACUCCAGUUGCAACCUCGGUUGCCGAGAGACGGGAUAGCAGGCACGAAAUUCCAACUAUAGAGCGAAGAGAGACUAGGCAAGAGAGCCCUACUCCCAUUACAAAGCAUGAGGAGGAGGGGGAAAAAGAUCCAAGGGAGGAUGAGGAUAGGAGGGGGGGGGCGAAGGAGGAUCAGGAGGAAAAGACACCUCUUUCUGAACAUAGUGCUGAAGGGGAAGCCUUUGACAUUGUGACAUUGGAUAAUGGAAGAUCUGCACCUACAGCUCUUGGCCCGGAGACGCCGGUUACAGACACAGGAAAAACUGAGGAAGGAUUUGAGGAAGUUCGACUUUAAGAUGGAGUUGCCUGACGCCGAGCCAUGUAUCAUAAAUUCUAUUGCAUCAGUUUAUUUUCCCUCUUUUUUUCAUUUUUUUCAUUUCAUAUCAUUGGGUUUGAUGGGCCUGGUUUGGUGGGUUUAUGGGUAUUUUUAUUCGAAUAGAUGAAACCGUGGACCUUGGAGACUACAGUAGUUGGGUCUAAAAAAAAGAUCGGUAAUGGAAAUUUGUUCCUAUGAAAGAUGAUGUCUCUAGCUAGUUAUGAUAACUAGCCAAUUAUUGGUAGUAGUUCAUUUGUAUCGCAAGCUGAAGCUAUCAUAAUAACUUGGAAGCUCAGUAGCAUUCAAACCCCGA